CAGCCCCCUCCUCCUCCUCCUGGAGCGCGCGCCAGGCCCCUCCCCCUCUCCGCGGGGCCAAUGGCGAAGGAGGGAGGCGCCCACGUGGCCGCGGGAAGCUUCCGAGGCUGGCAAAACGUGAAUGAGAAAGAGGAGCGCGAUUCAAAGGUCCAGCCGGCGCCCGGGAGGAGGGAGGGAAGGAGCGGAGAGGAGAGGAGAAGGGAAGAGAGAGGGGAGCCAGGCAGCCCAGCAGCCGAGGAAGGGAGGAAAGAAGGCAGCAGCCAGGCAAGAGGAGACGCCACGGAGGGCGGCAGGCCACGCGGAGAAGAGGAGGAGGAGGCGGCGCGCGCGGGGCCGGAUCCAGAUCCCGAUCCAGGCGCAGGACAGCCCGCCCCGAUGCCUCCGGGCCGCGGCGGAGAGGGAGCCCCGGCGCCGACGACCCGCUCCUCUUCCUCGCCUUCUUCUUCGCCCGCCGCCGGGCCCUGACGCCUCUCUCUCGCUCGCUCGCUCGCUCGCUCGGUCUCCUCUCCGCCGCCUCUAUGAGUGCAGCCUUCCCACCGUCGCUCAUGAUGAUGCCGCGCCCUCUGGGAAGCAGCGCCGCCGCCACCGCCUUCAGCAUAGACUCUCUGAUCGGGAGCCCCCCGCCGCCCUCGCCGGGCCACUUCGUCUACACCGGGUACCCCAUGUUCAUGCCCUACCGGCCCGUGGUGCUGCCGCCCCCUCCGCCGCCCCCGCCUCCGCCGCCCCCUCCGCCGCCGCCCCCCUCGCACGCGCUGCCCGGCCUGCCCUCGGGCUUCUGCUCCAGCCUGGCGCAGGGCAUGGCGCUCACCUCCAGCCUCAUGGCCGCCCUCCCCGCCUUCGCCACCGCCGCCGCCCCGCAGCACCCGCAGCAGCAGCAGCACCAGGACGCCGCCCGCAAGUUCGCCCCCGGGCCCUUCGAGAAGGCCGGCGGCGGGCAGGGCGAGGGCGACGACGGCACCAAGGCCUUCCUGGCCAAGGAGGGCUCCCUGCUCGCCUUCGCCGCCGCCUCCGAGGCGCUGCAGGCCUCUCUCGGCGCGGUGCGGGGCCUCCCUGCCGGAGGGAAGGAGGAGGCCAAGGCGGCGGCGCUGGCGCUGGAGGAGGAGGCCAAGGGCUCCAAGGAGGAGAGUUUCUCCAUGGACAGCGACCUGGACUACAGCUCCGACGACAACGGGGCGUCGGCGGCGUCGGCGUCCAAGGAGGAGGAAGGCCCCGGGCUGGGCCUGGAGGAAGGCGGCCCCUCGCCGCACGGGGCCCACGGAGGGGGCGGGGGCGGCCCCACCUCGUCGUCCUCCUCGACGGGCAAGAACCGCCGCCGCCGGACGGCCUUCACCAGCGAGCAGCUGCUGGAGCUGGAGAAGGAGUUCCACUGCAAGAAGUACCUCUCGCUGACGGAGCGCUCGCAGAUCGCGCAUGCGCUCAAGCUCAGCGAGGUCCAGGUCAAGAUCUGGUUCCAGAACCGGCGCGCCAAGUGGAAGCGCGUCAAGGCCGGCAACGCCAACUCCAAGACCGGGGAGCCUUCGCGCAACCCCAAGAUCGUCGUGCCCAUCCCCGUCCACGUCAGCCGCUUCGCCAUCCGCAGCCAGCACCAGCAGCUCGAGCAGGCCCGGCCCUGAGGGGGGAGGGAGACCCCGGCCCAGGGCAGCAGCCCCCCCCCCCUUGAGCAGACUGCCCGGACUUUGUAGAUAUAUAGAUAUAUAUAUAGAGAUAUAUUGAAAAUGUAUGUAUGUAUGUAUGUACGUGGAAGGCUGGAUCCCAGCUGCGGCCUUUUGACUGUGAGACAGGACCAAAGGAGGCGCCUCUUCCCCGCUGCCCAGGACUGACAGUCCCCUCCCUCCCACUACCUUUUAGCAUUAUUAUGAUUGUGUUGUCCAAAUCGCUGCGUUGCUGUGAAUUUUCCGGGCUGUAUGGCCGUGUUGCAGAAGCACACUCUCCUGACGUUUCGCCCACAUCUAUGGCAGGCAUCCUCAGAGGUUGUGAGCUACAGUAUAUUGGAAACUAAGCGAGGGAUCAUAGAAUCAAGAGAGGUUUAUAUAUCUGUGGAAGAAAGAAUUCUUGUCUGUUGGAGGCCAUAUAAACCUCCCUAUCUUAGUUUCCAAUAUACCUCGCAACCUCGGAGGAUGCUUGCCAUAGAUGUGGGCAAAACGUCAGGAGAGAAUGCCAUGUUCCAGAAGCAUUCUCUCCCGACGUUUCGCCUGCAUCUAUAACAGGCAUCCUCAGAGGUUCUGAGGUAUAUAAACCUCCCUUUCUUAGUCUCCAAUAUACCUCACAGCCUCUGAGGAUGCCUGCCAUAAAUGCGGGCGAAAACGUCAGGAGAGAAUGCUUCUGGAACACGGCCAUACUGUCCGGAGAAAACUCACAAAAACCCAAUUAUUAUUGUGUUUGUUUAUACCCCGCUUUUUCUCUCCACAACGAGACCCGGAGCGGCUCUUGCGUCGCCCUUUUUUUCCCCUUGGAGAGAGAAAUCGAGAAGAAAGAAGCCCCAGUUCAGUUGGUGCUGCUGCUACUUCUCCCUUUCUCCCGUGCCCCUUCCUCCCCUCCUUUCUUUUCUUCCUCCUCCGAGAGACUUCAGGGGCAUCCAUCCAUCCCCCCUCUUCCUCUCCCCCCGCUUUGCCUCCAUCUUUCUAUUUUUUUAUAUAUAAGGAAAAAGCCCGGCUUUCUAUUAGAUUGGAGUCCCCUUCCCGACGCUUGCCUGCCUGCCUUGUUUUAUGUUUCGGAAAUGUGCGGUUCUCUCUCCUUCCCUUCCUUCCUCCCUUCGCCCUUCCUUCCCAUACACACCGAUUGUGUUGGAUUAAUUUAUUUCCAAUGUAGCUGACCUUUUUCUCCCCCUUUUUCCUUAAGUUAUGAGAAACUGGAACGAAACACAGUGAUGUUGUGAAUAAUAAUAAUAAUAAAAAGCUGAAAAAGAGA